AUGGAUUCACUGGUCGUUCCUGACAUCGACAUCCUGCGUCGCUGGCUGGAUCAACAAAAUAUCACCUGGUUCGAAUGCGAUGCCUGUCAGGCACUGCACCUGCCGCACAUGCAGAAUUUUGACGGGGUGUUUGAUGCAAAAAUCGACCUGGUGGACAACGUCAUCCUCUUCUCGGCUCUCGCGGAAGUGAAACCCACAGCGCUGAUUCCUUUGGUCGGCGAUUUAUCGCAGAUCAAUGCCAGUUCGCUUACGGUGAAAGCCUUUAUCGAUAUUCAGGAUGACAAUCUGCCCAAGCUGAUUGUCUGCCAGUCGAUCAGUACCACUGCCGGCUUAACCUUCGGCCAAUUCUCGCACUUUAUGAAGCAAAGUGAAGAGGGCGUUUCCAUGGUGAUCAUGGAAGCUUUUGCCAACAAUCUUUUGAUGGUGGGCGAAGAAGAAGAGGAACGACAGCCCAGUUCCAGCAGUCACGCCAUGCUGCACUAA